AUGGCAGACUCUCUGUGCAGGCUGUUUCAUCUCCCCACAAAGAGCACUUCAAAAACUGUUGAAGAGCGUGGCAAGUGGGGCAGCAAAAAGGAGUUCAUCCUGUCUGUGGCCGGUGCUAUUAUUGGACUAGGCAAUGUGUGGAGAUUUCCAUAUCUUUGCUACAAGAAUGGUGGAGGUGCAUUCUUCAUCCCUUACGUCCUAUUCCUUCUCACUUGUGGCAUACCUCUAUUUGUGCUGGAGACGGCACUGGGCCAGUACACUAGUCAGGGAGGAAUCAUGUGCUGGAGGAAGGUCUGCCCCUUGUUUGAAGGCAUGGGAUAUGCAAGCCAAAUGAUCAUUUUCUACGGAGGCAUCAGCUAUAUUGUGAUUUUAGCCUGGGCUUUUCUCUACUUAUUCUCUUCCUUCUCUGGAGAGUUGCCAUGGGCCACCUGUAAUAACACAUGGAAUACAAAUCGUUGUGUGGUAAUAAACAACUACAAUGCCACCCUCAACUGGACUUUACCUGUAAAUUCAUCAUCUUCUGUUGUAGAAUUUUGGCAGCGUCGGGUGUUGAACAUAUCCACUGGCAUAGAGGCCUUGGGAAACAUUCAGUGGGAACUUUCUCUGUGCCUUCUUCUAGCCUGGGUCAUCUGCUACUUUUGCGUCUGGAAGGGAGUUAAAUCCACAGGAAAGGAACAACACAAAAUAGACUCCUUCUAUCUUUGCUUGUUGAACAGUGGGACCAGCUUCGUAUCGGGCUUUGCGAUCUUCUCCGUUUUGGGCUACAUGUCACAAAAACAGGGUGUGGACAUUGCUACAGUUGCUGAAUCAGGUCCAGGACUUGUCUUCAUAGUUUACCCACAAGCUGUGACCCUGCUGCCAUGGCCUCAGGUCUGGUCUGUGUGCUUUUUCACCAUGAUCAUCUUACUGGGAAUAGAUGGCCAGUUUGCAGGUCUCGAGAGCAUCAUGACCUCGUUAACAGAUGUGUACCCAGCCCAGAUACGAAAAGGAUACCGCAGAGAGCUUUAUCUGAUGCUGAUCUGUGCGCUCUGCUAUAUGUUUGGUCUGUUAUUAGUGUCAGAGGCUGGCGCAUACAUUCUGCAGAUCUUUGAUCACUAUGUAUGCAGUGGGCCCACUCUUCUUCUGAUGGCAAUUUUCCAGUCAGUGAUUAUUGGAUGGAUCUAUGGUGCUCAACGCUUCUGUGACAACAUUGAGGACAUGAUUGGUUACAAACCUCUGUCACUAAUCAAGUACUGCUGGCUGUAUGCCACUCCUCUUAUUUGCAGUGGAACCCUUGUGUUUUUGCUGAUAAGUUACACACCACUGAAAUUCAACAACACCUACGUGUAUCCUUGGUGGGCUUACUGGAUUGGCUGGUUCCUCGCCAUGUCGUCUCUUUCUAUGAUCCCAGUCACUAUGAUCUACAAACUGGCCAAAGGUAGAGGGAGUCUCUGGCAGCGUCUUAAGACCAGCUCCCGCCCAGCAGAUGAUCUUCCAGUGAUGGCAGAGGUGACAGCAAAAGAAAGGGCGAGCUUCACUGCAUGUCCACGAUAAUGGAGCAAAUGACCAUAUUUUUAAAAAAUCCAAAC